UUUAUACCGGUUCAUCAGAUCGACUCAAACUACAUAUCAAGGUUCUCUUCACUUGAAAAGAAGAGAUAUAACAGGAUCAGGCCUCCUUUCUUUCAAAAUGAGCAAUAACAUUCUGAUAUUAUUUCUUUGCAUCGUUGGCGCUGUUAUCGCGUGCGAAUGUUCGACGGAUAUUGAACAGCCAUUGGUCACAGCCCCGAUCGGGAAAAUUCGCGGUUCAGUUUUCACCUCGAGGCAUGGAAGGAAGAUUUAUUCGUUCCGUGGAGUGAGAUAUGGCGAACCACCUGUUGGAAAGCAACGUUUUCAACCUCCAAUCCCAGCGGCGGAUUGGCAAAACGUGUUCGAUGCCACCGAGGAAGGACCUAGUUGCCCUCAUCCCGAUGGCGUGUUGCAAGCGGAGGAUUGCCUACGUUUAAACGUGUACACCACCAAGCUACCAUGCGAGAACAAAAAUACAAAGAGACCGGUUAUGAUAUUCAUACAUCCCGGUGGCUUUACCAGUUUCUCGGGCCAAAGUUCAAUUUUCGGGCCGCAAUAUCUGCUCGACAAAGACAUCGUGUUGGUUACGAUCAACUAUCGUCUCGGUGCAUUGGGUUUCUUGAACACCGGGGACAGUUGGGCGCCGGGCAACAUGGGGCUGAAGGAUCAGGUGGAGGCGUUCAGAUGGGUCCGACGGAACAUCGCCGCGUUCGGCGGCGAUCCGAAUUCCGUCACGCUGUGCGGUUACAGCGCGGGAAGCUACAGCAUAAUGUUGCACAUGGUCUCUCCCAUGUCGAAGAAUUUGUUCCACAGAGCCAUCUCGAUGAGCGCCUCGGCCAUCAAACCGGAAGUUUACACGGGUGUCGCGCAGCACGGGCAGAAGGAGCUGGUGCAGAGGCAGGCCCGGCUGUUGAAUUGUCCCACCGAUUCCACGCCCUCCAUGUUGAACUGUUUGCUCGAGAAGCCCGUGGAAAACUUCACGAACACGUUGGCCAACUUGACGGAUUGGUACGGAAAUCCGAUUCUACUUUGGACGCCGGCCGUGGAGCCCGAGGUCGCAGGCGUCGAAAGAUUCCUGGCCGAGCAACCGUACGACUCGAUCGUGCAGGGGAAAUUCCACCAAGUUCCUUACAUCCUUGGAGUCACGGAGCACGAGUUUGCCGGUGUAGCCGCGCUGUACGAGAGGAACGACAAGGUGGACAACGGAUCUUUGUAUCGAGAGGUGAACAGCAAUUGGAGCACCGUCGCCCCCAUAUUUUGCAUGUACGAACGCGACACGCCACGAUCGAAUUACAUAAGCAGGCAAUUGCGACAAUUUUAUUUCAAAGACGAGGCGAUCGGCCAGCAGACUCUCCUCCAACUUGGCAAAGUAUACGGCGAUUGCAUAACCAUAUUCCCCAUGUAUCGAGCGGUUAAACUGUUCGCCUCGAACUCGAGAGAGCCGGUUUACUUUUAUAAAUUCACGUACGAGGGACGAUUCGGUUUCUACAGAUGGAGCAACGAAACUGCAUACAAUCCGUCGCACCACGACGAUUUGCAGUACCUGUUUCACGCGAAACAAUUCCCGUUCCUCCCGUAUCUGGGGGACGACGCGCCGGAAUCUCCUAUGGUGGAGCUUUACACGAGCAUGUGGUCCAAUUUCGUGAUAAACGGCGAGCCGAUCCCGAGGAACGAUAACAGAUUCAGAAACGUGUCGUGGGACACGUUCGUCCCCUCGAAAACGAAUUACCUGCAGAUCGAUCUUCGCCCGAGCAUGAAGACCGAAUUCUUCCCUGAAAGGAUGCGGGUGUGGGAAAGAUUAUUCCCACUGCCAUCCCGAACCACGAAAGGAGCGAAGCAUUGAACGCACUCUUUUUCCUUCUUUUUUGUAUUUACAUAUCAACCUCGAAUUCGACAAGAUUUAUUAUUAUUAAUUAUCAUAUUAAUUCGUUGGAAAAAUUAUUGAACGAUAAACGAUUAUAACAUGA